AUGCCGUCCUUUCCUCCCAACACUGGGUGGCAGCUCCCUAGCCAAUCAGACGAGCCAUCUAAUGGCUGGGGCGACCGAUACAACAACGAGCCUGCUCGAGCCCCGAACCAAAUGGUAUCCAUGGGCCUUGGUACUCAACCUGACCUCUCCCAGACCGAGAUGUUCAAUCAUCCCCUACGUUUCUACCACUCCCACGCACCUGCGCCCUUUGUCGGUUCUGCAGAUAGCCUUCCGGCCCAGGAUUCCGGCCUUAGCUUACUUGAUCUGAGUUGUCUACCCCAAGAGGUGCCCUCAAAUGGCAUGACUGCCGGCUGCAAUGAGCCAUCUAUGCAGGACCAGGCGAUCAACUUGUACCCGGCACCUGACACCAACCAAGCACUCUCCAACAGAAAUCCCUCAAUGCAGCUGUCAAUGCCAGUUCCGGUGCGGACGCAGGCGCAGCGACUGGAACCGGCACCUCGCACGCCACAGUUAGGACCAAGACGAGGCCGCCGAAAUGCGCACCCCCGCCGAAGCCUCGAUCAGAGAGCGCGCGGCGCACAACGGGUUCGCGUAUCCCGAUGCGAAUGGAAGAAUUGCGACCAAACCUUCAACCGCAAGGGAGACAGAGACCGGCAUGUCAAAUCCCUGCAUCUAUCGCCGAAGGCCCUAGAAUGUCCAGAGGAGGACUGUGGCCGUAAGUUCAGCAGGAGGGACAACCUGCGCGACCAUGUGAAUAAUGUGCAUCGUGGGGUAGCAACCGGUCUUUUGCAAGAGUCGGGUUGA